AUGGGCUUCGAGUCACCACAACCACGGACUUCUCGCAAAAAUGAGCGGUACCUCCCCGACUCUCUCAAGAGCUCUGCCGAGAAGCGGGCAUCGGGGCUCCUCGCCUUUCUCGCCCGCCAGCUCGACCGGAUCGUCAGCCCCGACGCUCGGCAAAUAGCGUACAAUGCCAUCUACAGCUUCUACGAAGAGCGACCUCUCCUAGCGUCCUUCGUCUUUGCCCAAAUUCUCUUCUCCUUCAUUCCCAUCCUGCUCUUCGGGGCCUUUGUCCUUUCCGUCGCCGCCUUUGCCUUUGGUGUCGCCCUCAUCUUCACCCUCUUCUGGGCCGGCGUCGCCCUUUUCGUCCUCGUCCCCACCCUGGUUCUUACCUCGUCUUUUGCGCUGAUUGCCUACGCUUGGGCUCUGUCGAGCUUCCUCAUCACCCGCCAGAUGUAUAGUUGGAUCGUUGGCCCCGAGGAAGAGCCUCGUGCGUUGGAGCACGGGACGGCCGCGCCCGCCUCUCAGGGUAACGGAAAGGCGGGAAACACGGGUGUCGUGCGGUUUGAUAGAACGGCAGAGAAGCCCGCCUAUACUUCCGGUAUCGCGGCCGGCGGUAAAUAA